AUGGAAGACUCCACCGACAAUAGCACUCCCAAUAGGGGCUCAAAUCUCACUUUUCGUGAAAUUACCGAGGACAAUUGGCGAGCUGUCGCAAAUCUUGGCCUCAAGGACGGGCAAACUGGCAACCUUGCAUCCAACGUAUGGUCUCUCUGCGAAGCUCAUUAUUCGGAAGACGCAUGGGUACGAGCCAUCUAUGCCGGCGAGACACUUGUCGGCAUGCUCAUGAUGGCAAUAUGGGACCCUAAAGAGGCAUACUACAUUUGGCGAUUCAUGAUCGAUGGCCGUUAUCAGAGCCUAGGGUACGGCCGACGAGGCGUAGAGUUUGCGAUUGCGCACAUACGACAGCACAAUCCUCAAGCAAAGCAGUUGGGGGUCAUGUCAACGCCGCCCGAAGGGAAGACGGACGCGGAUCCAAAACAGAGUGUAAAGUCUGAAGAUUCGCCUUAUAAGUUUUAUCAGAAACUUGGGUUCAGGCAGGUCGCACCGCCAGACGAGGAUGGGGAAAUUAUGAUGAUGCUAGACUUAUAA